GGAGCUGCCAAGGAUGAUAGCUUUUUAGCCAAAUGAAUUCCUUCCGUGUGCAACCUACUUCAGGUUAUUAACCGGUGUCUUUUAUUGCAAGGGGAAAAGCACGGGGAGACUUAUAGAGCCACGGGGGAAAAGGGGUAUAGACUGCAGUUCAUCGCACACAAUCGUUUAACAUCGAUCGAUUCAAAUCUACGUCAACAUCUCCAUUAACAGAACAUGGAGGGAUUGAAAUGUUCCCGAUACCUUCUUAUCUUCGUCACUACCCUGAUAUUUCUCGCUGGAGGGGCCUUUCUGGCGUCUGGACUUUUCUUCAAGUUUAACAGCGGUUUCUUGGACAAAAGCGUGGUCACAAUGUUUAACACAGUUCAAUACAGUGCCUUACCAAUGGGGAUCACCUGUGACGCACUGUCCUAUAUGAUGAUGGGGAUGGGCGGCCUGCUGAUCAUGGUUUCAAUGCUGGGAAUGUGUGGUGCAUUAAAAGCCAUCAAGGGAUGCCUCUGGGUGUUUAUUGUUUUGGCCGUGAUCUUCAUUAUCCUGGAGGGAAUGGUGAUAGGACUAUGGCUCAGCGUGAGGACCAAGGCGGACCUUUGGCUGCGAGGACAGAUGUUGGACCUUCUCAAGGGUUAUGACGGACCCACGGCCACGGACGAAAUAUCCAGCGGUUGGAACACUCUCUUCAUGGAGGCACGCUGUUGCGGAGUAAAUGCCCUGUAUGCGGACGGUGGAACUAACAAUGACUUCACCGAGCUUCCAACAUCGUGGGUUGGAGGAACGGAUCGAGUACCCGCCUCCUGUUGCCAAGGUGUCACAUCCAGUACCGUAGCCGUCUACGUCACAUCCGCAACGUGCACGACCGUGCCAAAGAACUUCUACACAGAGGGAUGCUAUACACGAGUCAAGUUCUACAUUGACAUGUACAGCCUCGUGACCAUCGUGGCAGGAGGUGUAGCCAUCGUCGCAGAGGUACUUGCCAUCAUCACAGCGUGCAUAGUGAUCGACAAGAAGAAGGGAAACCAAGUCUCCGUCAUUCAAGCCAAUAAACCACCGCCUUAUGUAGCGAUUGAUAACGUAAUAUCUGCGAAGAAAGCCGCAAGCCAUUUGCACAAAAAAGGGAAUAUGAAUUAACUGAUACCAAUCUACAAAAAAAACAUUAAAGAAGAUUUUUUAUGAUGCAUUUAUGUCACAUCGAUAAGAUGCUGGGCUGAUGUACUCAUUUGAGAACAACUACAGCAUCAUCGUGUUUUUAUCAUCAUUUUCAUCAUCAUCACCGUUAAAUUAAAUCAAAACAACCAAACGAACAAAAACAACACAACACUGAAUAGUCAGAUCCCCUGGAAAUGUUUGUAUUGUAACAAUUUAUAUUUUUGAGCAUCCAAUUUGAAAAUUAUAAUUAUGAUGGUACAGCGCAGUACAUAUUUAUCGGGAAGAUGGAAAGUUCACUUUCAUCAUUGGAAAAAAAGGUUGUUUGGUUCUAUUUAAGUAUGGCCUAAAUCUAUUCAUACAAAUUAUUUGAUAUGGACUUACAAUUCAUGCGUGAAGAAUGAGAUGAUCCUUUCACACGUGUAAGAAAUGGUAUUUGUCCACACUUUAUCAUUUUUUUUAAAUCGCACCUAAAUUGCCCAUAUACAACAUAAUGAAAUUCUGCUACUUUACUAAAAGUGAAUUUAUUUUAUGCCAUAUCAUAAGUCAUCCUUGGACAAAAGGACCAUAUAUUAUUGUGUGCAUAACAAUUACAAAAGUUAAAAUUUCGAUCCUUUGUGCUCUUGCUUUAUGAAGCUAUGGUGACGUGACAUCUGCCGACGGUAUGUUUACAACAGUUUAAAUUGCAGGUAGUGCAUUAACAUCCGUUUAUUCUGUAUCCUUUGUACUGGCGUAUACUCACUUAUUCCGAUAUUCAACAGCAAGAUAAAUCUCCACCUUUAACGCGAACUUAAAGCGACGCUGAAAUGAAUUAAGUCCACAAAGAAUAUACAUCUAUCCACAAAUAUGUACAGACUUAAUGAUAAAUUGCUGAUAAGAAUUAUGCUCUUUUGAUGAUCAUCGAUGUCGUUCAGUGUACCGUAAUUACUUUAAGUUUCCGGACACUUAAGUUUUCAGACACCCCCUUUUUGACCAAAAAAAUAUUUGUCGUGAAUUAUAAUUUUCAGACAUGCGCGUUUUAGUCUAUCAUCAAUGACUCUAAAUAUUCGGACAGUAUAUUAAACAGCACUAAUUUACCAGAUUUCGGCACUGUAUUCGCUUAUCUUGUGACACUUUGAUCAUGGGUUUUACAAACGGAUUAAGGUAAUAAAACCUGGGAGACGUACCCAACAGCAGUUUCAAUGAUAUCUUCAUAAUAAGGAAGCAGUAUUUUUACUUUUUUGUUCUGUAUCAUUUCAGGCAAGAGUAAGCAAAGCUGUGGAGUUGUUUUUAAUUUAAAGUAGAAACACUAUUGUGCAUUGAGUUAUUGAUUUUAUUUCAAUAUAAUUAUAAUUUUCGGACAUUUAAUUUUUGUCUCUAAAUGUUCACCUGAUUUGUUUUCCAUAUCUAAAUUUACGGACACAAAAAUAUAAAUUAUUUUUGAAUGUCCGAAAACUUAGAGUAAUUACGGUAAUCAGAUUUAGUAUGAAUGAUGUAGAAUUAAAAUCCUGUAUAGCUUAACACGGCUUAUCGACCUUAUCCCCCACUUCUUAAUGAAGUCAUGUAAUUUGGACACUUUCGCAUUACUAUGCAUGUGCUUAUUGCAUAUAUGUUGUCAGUUUUGUAUACAUAACGAAGAACUGGAAUUGUUCAAGUUAUAUGAAUACACUUUCUGUUCUGUUCUAUUUCUUAUAUUCGACGUACACUAAUUAUAAGUCGAAUCCGCUAAGGAAAGGUAGCAGCCAAGUUUCAGCGUUACGAUGACGACCCACAUCAUAGGCUAAUUUGCUCUAUACAUUAGCGUACAUGUCGCUUUGUGUAAAUCUUAUAAAAAAUAUACCACAGCAUAAUAACAAUAAUAAAGGUAGUAGUAUCAACGAGCAUUGUAUUACAUUCUCUCACAUCACCAUAAAUAUUUACGAACGUACCAUCAACUGCAAUGUAUAACACGUAAAUUGACGUAUGUUUUACCAGAGUUUCAAUGGGUCAAUACCUUCUCAUCGUGGGCAUUAAUUUCGAUUGAAAUUUUUCAUCAUAAAAUACUACUUGUUCUAACUUGCAUCUCAGUAUUUAGUUGCAAUACCUG